GCAACGGUGGUGCGUACGGAUGGGAACUCUCUGCUCAAGGCUGUGUUCCUGAGCCGACUGCGCCUGACACGCCUGCUGCUGGAGGGAGGGGCUUACAUCAACGAGAGCAACGAACGCGGCGAGACGCCGCUGAUGGUGGCGUGCAGGACACGCCACACGGACGCACAGAGCGUGCCCAAACACAAGAUGGUUCGGUACGUUAAGGAGUGGGAACACCGCUCAGCAGAGCAGAGUGUCCCAACCGGCCAGUGCAGGCUUUUACUACAGUUAAACAGCCAAAACAGUUACACACCUAACUAAUACAGUUUGUAUUGAAGACUAUGAUUGGUUAAUUAGUUGAAUCAGGUGCUAUGGCUGGAGCAAAAUCCUGCACAGAAAACUGCCCUUUAUGAACAAUAUUGGCCACCAAUGGCCUGCCGUAGUGCCAAUAAGAUAGUUUACCUCCUCUUCAGGAGUUUCCACAAGGUAUUGAUCAACGUGUCAUCAACAGGUACCUGCUGGAGAGCGGAGCUGACCCAAAUAUCCAGGACAAGACCGGUAAGACGGCCCUGAUGCAUGCAUGUUUGGAGCAGGCGGGGUCAGAGGUCCUCUCUCUACUGCUGGGGAGUGGAGCUGACCCCAGCCUGGACGACCACUCGGGCUUCUCAGCGCUGGUCUAUGCUGUCAACGCAGGGGAGAACGAGGCCCUGAGAGUCCUACUGGACGCCUGCAAGGCCAAGGGCAAGGAGGUAAGGAUGUGGGUUUGAUUCCGCUUGGAAGGGUUGCAAAAUUCUGGAAACUUUCCCAGAAAUCCUGGUUUGAGGUUUCCUGCCGAUCCCCUUCUGAUUCCUGGAAUCCUCCAACCAGGACUUCUGGAAAACCUGGGAAUUUUGGGAAAGUAACCAGAGUUUUGCAACCCUUUGCUGGGGCCACCCAUUUGCACCCUCUAUUAGAAGUCGCUUUGGAUAAAAACAUCUGAUGGCAUUUAUUACAGGUCAUCAUCAUCACCACGGACAAGCUGCCGUCGGGACGCCAGAUGACCAAGCAGUACCUGAACGUACCCCCGCCUCCCGACCUGGAGGAGCGCCUGCACUGCACCCCUGGCUCUGCUGCCUGCUGCAUGUCCCCCUCAGAGAUCCAGCUCCGCACCCCUCCGCAGGGCACCUCAGCCACUGCCUCACCCCAGCCAGGGAGCCCCCUCCUGGGCCUCAGGGAGCACCACCACCAUGGUGGUGGAACCACCAUCUCUGGUUCUGCUGGUUCUGGUUCUUCAGGUGCUGGUUCUUCUCAGCCGGGCUCCCCGACCAGGGACCCUAACCCGUUUCGAGGCCCCGGUGUUGGGGUGGUGAAGCUGCUCCAUCCCCAGCGGCUCCACUCGGAGCCCUGGCUGCAGCAGAACAAGGCCUCUAGGUAGGUAGCCUAGACUAGAGGUUAGAGAAGUGCACCGGCAACUGGAAGGUUACCGGUUUGAAUCCUAUGUCUGUCAGGGAAAAAAAAUCUGGUGCGGAGUGGGUCGGCAACUGGAGGGUCGGUGGCAUCAGUGUCCUAGAUAUUAUCUCCUUCCCUUGAGCAAGGCACUUAACCCCUAAACUGCUCAUAGGGCACUGCACUAGUAGCUUCCCACUGCUCCAGCCUCUCCAACCAAAUAUGUAUGUGUGUGGGUUGUUUUCUUCUUCUUCCUCCAGCCUGACAGAGGAGCUGCUGGACAUCACCCCAGAGGAGGAGCUCUCCUUCAGGGUCAACGGCCUGGCCUUCUCUGGGUCCGGAAGGGUGGGGCCCGGGGCACAUCCGAUCGUCGCCCGCCCCCAGAGCAUCGAACCCAAGGAUGCCACGGGGCUGCUGGAGCAGGUCAUGAUAAUAAUAAUAAUAAAACUAAUAACUCUUAUCAUGUGCAUGUAAAAUUAUUAAUUUGUAUAUUUGUUCUCUUUCAGGUGGCUGGGAGCGAGGGAGGUGGCGGAGGAGGAAGAGGAGGCCUGAGUAGGAAGAUGUCUUACGACAGCGCUGCAGCUUAUUCCCACCCAAACCUCCUGCACCGGGGGGAUGGAGGAAGCUAUGGAGGCUGCCCCAACUGCCCCUGUGGCGCCCAUGAGCCUGUCCUCCCUGUACACAAAAUCUCUCCAGACUGUUACCUCCCCAACCUGGCUGUGUCCAGCCUGAGGAACGUAGUCUGCCGCCGCAACAUCGGCAUGGACCACUACAGCUCCGACUCCCAGCUGCCCCAGUUCGGCAGCCACAGCAGCCACCCAGAGAGUGGAGACUCCUCCAGGGGCGUUGUAGGGGGAACUGAGAAGCGUAAGCUGGUCGCUAGUAGAUCCUCCACACUGUCGGGCUCCCGGGAGUCCCUGGAGAGCGCUGCCCAGAGAAGGGGCCCUGCAAACCUGGAGAGGAGAGGCUCAGGGGCCCUGCUCUUGGAUCACAUCUCCCACACCCGCCCGGGGUACCUGCCCCCUCUCAACCCCCACGCACCCAUACCCGACAUCGGAGUCAGCCCCACCUCAACCUGCCCCAGCCUGAGUGGAAGCACCAAGGCACUGAAUCUGAAUGGGGGUGUUGCAGGGCCGGGAUCAAAGCCUCUUGUCCCCUGUGCUCCUGCCUUCCCCAGAGAUCUGAAGUCAAAGCAGACACUGCUGAGGAGACACUCCAUGCAGACAGAGCAGAUUAAACAGUUGGUCAACCUCCAGGAGACACUCCAUGCAGACAGAGCAGAU